GUUCACAAUGGCUUCAGCCCCCUGGUUAUGUUGACAGACACUUGCAGUAAAUUUGGAAGUUCUGGUCCGGUUCAGGACUCAUCCCCUGCUGGAAAACCUGACAACAAUUUGGGGAAGAAGGCUGGUUAUCUAGGAGCGGAGCCCUUUGCUCCAAAAACCUGGAGUACUGACGGCAUGGGAGAUUCCUAUACAGCCACUUUCCCCAAUGGGAAUGGACUGAUGUCUCCAUCGGCAAGCCCCCAAGCGUCCACCACUUACAGCAAUGAUUACAGCCCCUUUUCUCAUUCCUUCCCAGCCUCACCCACAUCUCAAGACCCAUCGUCCCUGCUGGUGUCCAAGGGACACCCCUCUCCUGACUGCCUUCCUAGUGUCUACACCUCCUUGGACAUGGCACACCCAUAUGGCUCCUGGUACAAAGCUGGCAUCCACCCGAGCAUCUCCACCAGCUCCAGCAACCCCACAGCUUCCUGGUGGGAUAUGCACUCCAACAGCAACUGGUUGAGCUCUCAGCCCCAGUCAGAUGGACUCCAGACUUCCUUGCAGUCCAUGCCCAGCCAGGCGCCAAUCAGCCCUCAGCUGCCCAGUUACACAUCUGAAUUCACCACUUUGAAUCCUGCUCCGUAUCCUGCAGUGGGCAUCACAUCCUCGUCGCACCUCCUCCCUUCAGGCCAGCAUGUGCUGCCACAAGAGAUGUACAAGCCUAAGCCAGUGGCGAACAACGCGCUGAUGGAAGGUGGGAUUGGACUGAAGUCUGGAAGAGGCAGCUCCUUUGGGAGCACGGCAGGCAGGUCAACCUGUGACUGCCCCAACUGCCAGGAGCUGGAACGGCUUGGGGCCUCAGCAGCUAGCCUGCGGAAGAAGCCCAUCCACAGCUGCCACAUCCCGGGCUGUGGGAAAGUCUAUGGGAAGGCAUCACACCUUAAGGCCCAUCUGCGGUGGCACACUGGGGAGCGCCCCUUUGUCUGCAACUGGCUGUUCUGUGGCAAGCGUUUCACCCGCUCGGAUGAGCUGGAGCGCCAUGUUCGCACCCACACCCGGGAGAAGAAGUUCACCUGUUUGCUCUGCAACAAGCGCUUCACUCGUAGUGACCACCUGAGCAAGCACCAGAAGACCCACAAUGAGAUGGGGGUGGGAAAGCCCCCUGAGGGUGAAGCAGAGCGGGAAGAGGCUGCCACGGUGGCCAGCUCUCCUGGCACUGCGUUGCAGGACAGCUUGCCUGGAGAUGAGAAAGAUGCCACGAGCCCAGAGCAGAGCAGUCUGCUGGAAAUCUAG